AUGGGUGCACAGUGGUACAUCAGUCUGCCCCCAGUCAUACGGAGCACAGAGUCAGAGACCAUUCACACAGGAGACCGGAGCUACUUGAGUCCAGUCCAGGUUUUAAUGGCACCAGAUGAACCCAGCACCAGAGAUGACUUCUUACAAUAUUCUACAGAAAUCACUCUGGACCCAAACACAGCUCAUACCAAACUGUCUCUGUGUGAUGGAAACAGAAGAGCAACACUUAAGAGUAAUGACCAGAGGUAUCCAGAUCAUCCAGACAGAUUCAGUGUGUGUCAGGUCUUGAGCAGAGAGAGUCUGACGGGUCGCCAUUACUGGGAGGUGGAGCUGAGUGGGGGUUGGUGGGCUCGUGUUGCAGUUUCAUACAGAGAUAUUCAGAGGAAAGGAUUCUCUAAAGAAUGUUUAUUUGGAUACAAUGAUAAAUCCUGGGCCUUAGAUUGUAAUUCCAACAACUGCUCAUUUUUAUUUAACUCAGUCCAGUCCCAAGUCUCAGAUCGGUUCACAGAUCCGCUUCGAUCCAGAAUCGGGGUUUACCUGGACCACAGUGCAGGGGUUUUGAAGUUUUACAGCAUCUCUGGAAGUACCAUGAGCCUCGUCCACAGAGUCCAGACCAGGUUCACUCAGCCUCUCUACGCUGGACUCUGGAUUUAUAAUACUGAAAGCACUGCAUGUUUCCUAAAAGUCAAAUAG